AUGAAGGCCGCAGCAGCAUCGUCACUCAUCAUCGCAGUUCUCGCCGCAACGGCUGGGGCAGCGCCUGUCGUACCGGAACAACACCCGCUAGUACUACCCGCGCGCCUGGCGACUCCCGCCGCUGCCGCCUCGGCCAUCGUCCCCGGCAAGGCACUGCCGCCGAUUGCGACGUCGCGCGAGAAAUUGGUCACGGCUGUGUGGAAGUCCGUCGUCGGCGGUAAGGAAGGGCAGAGGGAAAGCCUAGGGCGGGCGUGUUUCUGCUCCAGCGGCUCCAUCUGCUGUAGCACCUCGUCCGGGCUCGAUUGCACGCAGGGCUUGUGCGGCAUCUAG